AUGUAAUAAUCGAAGAUAUUAGUUGCACAAAAAAAAUCGAAGAUAUUACAAAGAAGAGUAACAACUGACUAAAAACUCUGAGAGCGAAGCUGAGAGAGAGAGACCCGCUGUGUUUUAUCGACUCCGGCCGGCGGAGUGGACUCCCAUAGCCACCGCCGGUCCGGCUUUCUGGUUUUUAAUUUUCUCGGUUUAAACGAUUUGCAUGUUUUUAGGGAGUGAAUCUUUGUGUCCCACCUAGUUUUCUGUUCAGUUUUAUGAUUCCGGGAGAUGAGGCUUCCGUAGCUCAAUCGUCACCGGCUUUGACUCCGGGGAGUGGAGGUGUUUCGUGCCUCACGCCGCCGGCUUUGGUUGUCGAUCCUGUCCUUUUGGAUGCGACUUUUAGGUUACGACGUUUUAAGUUCUCGGCUUAGCUUCAUCUUGAUGAGAUCCCGAUCUGUUCGGGUUGAAGCUCUCGGAGGAAGCAAGGCUGAGAAAGAAAACGGAUGGAGUUUGGAGUUUUUUUAGUCCCGUGUUUGGACGGCUUGGUGGCUCCGGAUUGAUCUCGAUGGUGAUCGAUGAAGCUUUCCGUGAUGAGGCUCAGCCGUGGAUGGUGGAGAUGAUAGAUCUGUGCUCCGAUGACGCGCCACCGCAUGCUUUCUCCGAAGGUGGGAGAAGGAAGAAGAUUAGGGCGUCACAUGUCUUGUUUGGGCCUGUAGGGCUAGGGUUUUGGUUGUUGGGCUUUGUUUGAAUCAAAGGUUGAAUGAGUCCUUUGGGCUUUGUUGUAAUAGUUUAAAGGUUGGGUCUUGUUGGACCUUGCUUGUUAAUAAAUUUUAAGAUGGCAAAAAAAAAAAUGUAAUAAUCGAAGACCUAAAUAUAUUUCUCUGGCCCUAAAUAUAAUAUUACAGCCGGCCCUGGUGAAGACGAUUUUAAGAUUUUUCUUCCGUUCCUCUAUCUAUCUAUUAUAUUAGUCUGCGUUUGCUCUUGCUUGUGGCUUCAUCGGACAAAACCUAACUCUCGUAUUCUCUGGACGAUAAGAGAACCCUGGUGAUCAUUGUCAAGAUAGUUAUGGACGACAAGAUCAGUCAAUUACCUGAUGAAUUGCUCUUGAAGGUACUAUUGUGUCUUCCCACGAAAGUUGCUGUAAGCACAAGUAUUUUAUCUAAGCGAUGGGAGUUUCUUUGGAUGUGGUUGCCUAAACUUGAGUACAGCUACUCCUCAGAGUCUAAAUCCUGGAGAUUAAGUCCUUUCAUUCAUUUAAAUCUGCCAUUACAUAAAGCUCCAAUCAUAGAAAGCUUACGUCUCAACUUUGACGUAUUCGACAGAGGUAUAGUCAACGGUAUCAAUAACUGGGUUUUAAUUGCAGUGUCUAGAUGCGUCCAAGAGUUACGUGUCACACUUGCAUUUACGCAUUAUAAAUUAGCUAACUUAGCUGAAGUACCGAGUUAUUUGUUUACCUGUAAAUCGCUGGUGAUCUUGGAACUUACGGGCAAGGUUUACGUGCAUGUUCCUCGUACGGUUUUUCUCCCCUCCCUGAAAUUUUUGAUCCUUCGACGUAUGUGGUACUCAGAUAAAAAAUCUCUUCACAAACUUCUUUCUCAUUGCCCUGUUCUUGAGGAUCUACUUGUGGAACGAAAUGAUGAUGACAAUAAUAGAACAUUUACAUUGAGUGUAAUUGUCCCGUCCUUGCAGAGACUAACCCUAAAGAUAUCUAGAGGAAAUCAUUUUGAAGGGCUUGUGAUAAACACUCCUUCUUUGAAGUAUUUCAAAAUUAUGGAUUAUAUAGAGGAAUAUAAACUUGAAGAUAGUAGUUACUCCUACUAUUUUGAAGACACCCCUAAGUUGGAGGAGGCAGAUAUUGAAUCGACAUACCCUGAUAUCAACAAGUUUGUUAGAUCAAUCAGAUCUGUAAGGAGGCUUUCACUAUGCAUUAGAGUCAAUGCUGAUGAGGAGGCUUUAUAUCAUGAGGGUAUUGUCUUUGGCCAGCUUCAGCAUCUAAAGCUAUGUUCAUGUGGUCCAAACUGGUCAAAUUUACUUGCCCGGUUACUCAAAGAUUCUCCUUUGUUACGUGACCUUGAGGUCUAUUUGAAUGACGAUCAUACAUAUUCUAGAGUGGAUGCACCGGUUCCCUGGCAGAAUCAACUGGAUUGUGUUCCUACAUGUUUAUUGGCAAGUCUUGAGACUUUCAAGUGGACAUUGGUGUAUGGAUCACAAGAAGAGAUAGAUCUGGUGAAAUAUAUCUUGAGAAAUGCUCGCUGCUUAAAGGCUGCCACAAUCUUGUUUCGGCCGUCGUUUUGUCAACAAGAAGAGGAGAAACUUGAGAUGGCGAAACAAGAUUUGAUAUGCAUUUAUGUAGACAUAUAUCUAUAUGCCUAUUGUCAGAUUUUUUUUUCCAACUUGGAUAAAUAGUACUUUCUUUUUUUUUUGAACGGCAAGACGAAUAGUAUAUGAUUGCAUUUCGAAGAAACAUUAAAGUU